AUGUCUCUAAAUUACAUCAAGAAUUUCUAUGAAGGAUGUCUCAGGCCACCUACAGUGAUCGGUCAAUUCCAUACACUUUCCUUUGGAUCAGUUCGAAUGUUCUUCCUUGGGGUACUAGGCUUUGCGGUCUAUGGGAAUGAAGCCUUGCAUUUCAGCUGUGACCCUGACAAGAGGGAAAUCAAUCUCUUCUGUUACAACCAGUUCAGGCCAAUAACUCCUCAGGUAUUCUGGGCUUUACAGCUAGUGAUAGUUCCUGGAGCUGUGUUCUAUCUUUAUGCUGCAUGUAAAAACAUCGAUCAAGAAAACAUCCUUCAAAGGCCCAUCUGCACGGUCUUUUAUAUCCUUUCUGUUCUGUUUAGGAUUAUCCUUGAGGUGGUAGCAUUUUGGCUUCAAAGCCAUCUCUUUGGUUUUCAAGUAAUACCCCUUUAUCAGUGUGACACUGGGUCACUUGACAAAAAUUAGCUCACUAGAUGUGUGGUACCAGAACACUUUGAAAAGACCAUCUUCCUUAUUGCCAUGUACACUUUUACUGUGAUUACUGUGUUACUGUGUGUGGCAGAGGUCUUUGAGAUCUUAUGUAGAAGGUUAGGCUUCUUAAGCAGACCAUGA